AUGGAGAUGUCUCCAGCGAAACGCCGCAUGAAAACGCCGCUCGGCAUCCUCCGCCUCUCUAUGUGCGCUCCCGGCCCGGCGCUGGGGCGAAGGGGGCAGAGCCCGGCAGUCGCCCCCUCGGACGCUCCCCAGGGCGCUCCCGGCGCCCUGCGCACCCUGCGCGCUUCGGCGGCGGCCGCCGCAGCCCAGCGCACCGCAGCGCUCCCGCCGCAAAGGCGCGGGCAGGACGCGGUGGCGCAGGCAUCGCAGGCAUCGCAGGCAUCCCAGGAUGCCGGCAGCGCCCCGCUCGCAGAGCCUCUGCUCCGCCGGCUCGGCGGGGAGAGCCCCGCGGCAGCGCAGGCCCCGGUUGCAGAGGCUCUCCGGUGGCUCGGCGGGGAGGGCCCGUGCGGCGGAGGAGGCGGCCCUGGCCCGGGGCUGCGGGGCCGCGGGGCCGCCGCCCCUUUAAGCUCCAGCUGUUCCUUUCUGCGGCGCCUAUUUUUAGCGCGUCCUCUUGGUAGCAUCCAGCUCUGCCCCCUCUCUCCGCGCUCCCCCGUCCCCCCCGGUGAAGUUUCUACCUUGGUUUGGCUGACUGGAGACUCAGACUUGUAGCAUCACAGGAUUACUCAAUUUGGAACGGACCUCUGAAGGAUUCUAGCCCAUCCUCCUGCUCAGAGCAAGGUCAGCUGUGAGAUCA